AUGAGUUCUCUUGAGAAUCUCUUGUCACGCGUACUCCCUGAAAACAAAAAGUUCGAGCUUUUGCAUUUGCAAAGCCCCCCAAAAGAAAGCCACUCAGUUUUUGUCCAACAGCGCUCCGACUGCACGCAGACAGUUGUUAAGGUUCAACAUUUUUUUGGGCUGGGCGCUGAUGAGAAGAUCUUUUACAGCCUGGAAUUGUUUGUCUACUUGACAAUUGAGUCCUCAAAGGCUAUUGAGAAGCUUAUCUUCGUUUCAAAAGCAGACACUAACGGAUACUGCGACGAGAAAAUAUCUGUUAAAGACAUAACAACAGCGAUACUUGACUACAUUGUCACUUUGGACCCUUCACACUAUUUAUCUAAAGAAAUAAAAGUCUCGGGAACCUCACCAGGAUGCGGGCCUUCCAUUACGCGGUGCACAACUACAAAAAGAGCUUUGAAGAUACUAAAAGCAAGGCACGACAGCAAGAAGGGCGAUAACUGCCCAAACAGAGGCUUCUUCCGCAACAUUGAGGGCAAAGAUCCAGACUGGACCUGUAAAAUCUGCCUUUUUACAAGGUCUGAACCACAGUACCUCUUCUCGGAGUCCUCUCGUAAUCCUAAAAAGCAUAUUUUAUCCGGCGAGCAGUUACUUCGUUGGUGGCUUUCCGUCAUUGACAAGAUCCUAGUGAGACACUUUGACAGUGGCACAAAGGCUACAUUGCAGAUCCCGGGUGAAGAAGAAUCACGAACUCUUAGGUAUUUAAGCAACAACAAGGCUCCGUUUUGGAGGGUUGGCGAUAUAUUUAGCGGCAAAUCCAGUGAACUAGCUAUUUUCGCAAUCCCGGUUUUUCCAGACGACCCAAAAGGCCGUUUCUUGGAACAGGUUGUUGAAGAAAAUCGAGCCAAAAAGGUACGUCUAUCUGAUUUCUGGGUGGAGCUACAAGUCCAGCAGGAAUUUCGGCUGGGUUGCACGGUUUCUGUGAUUGGCGUGGACGGCCGAAUCCCUAAAAAGUGUUUUGGGCCCCACAACAAUGAAGUUAUAGUGAUGCCAAGCAAAAAAGUUUUCAGUAUAGUUAAAAGCUACAUUGUUGGGGAGCAAUAUGAUACAUCUGAGGGCGCUUAUGAGGCCUACGCAAAUCUACGGGAUUUCCUCCAUUUGCGGAUGCAAAGAAGUCUCUUAGAGAUUCGGGGCUGUCGCAAAAGCAGUGAGCCAGGUUCGAAAGGUACUGGUUCGGAUAGAAAUGCCCCAGUCCGUCCCCUGAAUACUUUGACAGUGCGUAGGAAGGUCAAGAAGUCAAUCUAG